AUGGGUCAGCGUCAAGGCCACCCCAUUACCUUUGAGGAGAUCAGCUCAGCCUGGUUACCCGGCGGCGUGCCCGCCCUGCCGCCCACCGGAGCCACCCACACGGCCCCACCCACCUCGCACGCCCCUUCGACCACCCAGGACCCAGCCCCGAGUCAGUCGUUGGGUCAGGGCUUACUCCGUCAGACCCGGAAUAUUCAACGGUUGACCUCGUUGAGUUAUGUCCAAUUCCUGGGUCACAUCCAAGAAUUGAAUGGGAUUUCCAGUCGGUUCCUGGAUUCCAAUGGCAAGCAAUUGGUGUUCGCCGUUCAACGAGGCACGGACACGACCAUCUUGUGGAAGGCCACGGCCAAAGUAGCCUGCGUCAAGGUGGAUGCCCACAGCAAAUCCAUCGAUUCCUACCGGACCUUGUCGUUACCCGAGUUUCUCGUGGUCUAUCACCGUCUCAAGAACCACUCCACGGCUUUUGGCGAUCCUUGCGACGAGGCCAGUAAGAUUCACUUGGCGGCCGAUGUGGCUUCAUUAGUCGAUGCUUCUACGGCUGCGGCUGAGGUCGAGACCACCGUGGGCUCGAAUCAAGAGGGACUGGACGAGUGUUGCAUUUGUCUUGAACGUCGAUCGGAAUUGAUCUUGCCGUGUGCUCAUUCAUUUUGCUCGCCUUGUAUUGAGCAGUGGCACGAAGGACAUCAUACGUGUCCCAUUUGUCGAGAGAACGUACCCAGUACGGAUGACGGUUGGGUGGUGUAUGAAGAGCCCGAUUCGGCGGAAAUAGCUACGGAUAUACAAAAGUUGCUCAUGGACUUGACUCAGUGAAAGAAAACUCUCAAGAUGGCCGAGCCCAAUCCAGCCAUGUUUGAAUACGAUUGUGAGGCGGUUCGGGUUCGAGCCAAGCGCAUCAAUCCGAGUACGGGCACGGAGGAGAUGAGAAAGUUCUCGGUCGAUCCCAACCUCACCAGCUACGAUAUUCUGAGAAGCAUUUUGGGCCGAGCUUUCGACAUAAGUGACCAAUUCCUGAUUUUCUUCUUGUCCGGGGUCGAUUGGCUACCCCUCAUCUCGGAUUGGGACUUGGAUAUCGCUAUUUUAAGCGCAGCUGAACCCUCGCUUCUGCUUCUCCUAUCUGAAGUGAGCCCUAAGAAACUGGCUGCAUGUGAGCCCACAAUAAUUUCGACCACACCCACUCGAGUUCGAACCAGUGUUAAAGCGAGCGGAUCUCGGAAUGCCGGCAGGCCGCCAAGUGGAGCCGAGUCGCUCAAGGAGAGACAACCCAGUCCCAUUUUGGCAUCUUUAAGACAGCAAAUGGAAAGGAAUCUCCCCGGUUUAUCUAGCCGUCUACACAAGGCCAUGACCAUGGCCGAAGAAGUUAUCGUUCCGAAAGGUCAACAAUUGGCCAGUCUCUUUGAUGUGGAUGAUGGCUCUCAAACGCGAGACCCCGCCAGUGUGUCCGACCAGGAUUUCGGCAAGUUUCU